AUGCCCUCGAGGGCACUCCUCAUGCUGGCCAUGCUUAGGGUGGCGACAGCGGCGGACCCGCCUCCACGGUGGGGAGCUGCAGUUGCCGUCGUGCCAUCUCCACCGACAUUAGUCGUCCAAGGAGGCAAGGUCCAGAGCGAAGGCCAAACGUACAACUCCGCGCCGAACUCUGCCGAUACAUACAUGGUUCCCCUCAACGACAGCUUCCCAGCGAACGACCCACCGUACCAGAAGUUGACGCCAAGAACUCAAGGUCCGGCUUACAGCUGGCAUUGUUUGGCGCCGCUGUACACGGAAGACGACAAGUGGACGUUACUGUCCUUUGGAGGUGACAGUGGGUGGUCCGAGCCGCGGCCAGGAGGCGAGGACUCUGCUUGGCUCGUCAAUGUCAAUCCGAACGACGGUUUCAUCGACUUUGACCACAAGCCCGCCGGUUGGGCAAAGGAGCCGUCUCGACGAAAGGAGCAUAGCUGUGCUGCGCCCACGGGUGGAGGCAAGGUCUACAUCACGGGCGGCCAGGCCGACGACGGUUCGGCAGACCACAACGAGACAUGGGUCUUCGAUCCCGAUCCGAUGGAGUUCUCCCAGCUGCCAAGUCUUCCAAACAAGCUCUAUGGGCAUUCCUCCGUUCUACUGGAUAACGGAACUUUACUCGUCCUUGGCGGCGUCGAUGCCGAGUCACAGGAACUGAGGCCCCUCAACACGAUCCAGGCGUUCGACACCACCGCACAGCAGCCGCAGUGGAACUCUGUCAACAUCCCCGGCGACGUGCCGGGCGGUCGCCGCAGUGCUAGCGCUACGCUGAUCAACGGAGAUAACGUCUUGCUCUUCGGAGGCGCCAAUGAGAACCGUAGCACCGUGUUCGGCGAUGCCUGGGUCUUCAACCCGAGCACUUUGCAGUGGGACAUGGUCAUGAACGAUGAGAACGGCCCCGGUGCGCGUUAUGACGCUGCCGUCGCAUACGUCGGCAAUGGUCAAGUCACCAUCAUGGGCGGCUAUGGCGCUGAUGGCCCCGCGUCCGGCGAUUUCCACGUCCUGAAUGUUAUCACGGCUGGGUCCAGUGCAGGUGGAGGAGCUGGCGGUGGAGGAGCAGGUGCUGGGGGAGGAGAGGGAGGCGCAUCGGGCACUGCUGCUGCAGUUUCCAGCUUCUUUCCCGGUGGACAAGGAGCCGGCGGCGCCGCUGGUGCAGGCCCAACGGGGCAGGGAGGGGCUGGAGCUGCGGGCUCAACGCAAAGUGGAACUCUGCCCGCAGCAACGCAGGCAUCCUCUUUCACGACUGGAAGCGGCGGCGAGAUCGCAACCUCGAUCAACACGCGCCCCAAGCCCGGCGAGACGGGCAAGCCGACACCCCACCCUCAAGCGAACUCCUCCUCUUCGAACGCCGGCCGCAAUGCAGCCAUCAUUGGCAGCAUCGUCGGCUGCGCUUGCCUCGUGUUCCUCGCGCUGAUCCUGUUCUUCUGGUGCAGGCGCCGCAAGCGUGAUGAGAAGUACCAGAAGGAGGUGGCCCAGCGUCGCCUGACAAAGGAGGGCGAUGCGGAGGCGUGGGCAGCACACACUACCCCUCCGGCAUCUCCCGGUGGUCGCUUCGCCGGUAUGGCUGCGCUUGGAGCUGGUGCCGGUGCCGUUGCGGCGACGCUGCGCAAGAUUUCUGGCGGACGCAACCCAGAGUACCAGGCUGUGGCCACCGACGAGCCGACCGGUGGCACAGGGAUCGCUCCGAAGCGCCGAUCCACGCGCUAUGUUGGGCAGAAGAUGCGGCUCGUGGGCCAUAGUGAGGGCCACGAUCCGUUCUCCGACACCUACUCCGAGGAUCUGCCGUUCGAGGGCACCUCGACUGGCCAGACCUCCGCCUUUGGUCCUGGCAUCGCUAGUACCGCAGUGGGGAUGCGCCAGCGCCAAGUGUCGAACGAGCACAGCCCGAUCCUGGAGGAAGACGAGGAGAUUCCCAUCGGCGGCCGAUGGGCGACAGCCAAUCUGAUCCUGAAUGACUCGAACUCGGACACGACACCUGCACCCACGAGCCCGACACGCAUGUCUCGCGCCUCCUUCAUGGCGAGCGAGGACGACUUCAACCUGCUGGCACCCAUCCCGCGCCGGCCGUUGACCGAAGGAGCACUGCUCGCCGAGGUGCCCAGCCGAGGCAGCGGCGUCAGCGGGGCAAGCACGAGCGGCACUAGCAUGGCCGAUCUCGCGAACGCCAGCGUCGAGCAAGGGAAUAGGGUUCCGCUCCAGAGCGACGCGCCGAUGCUGUGGGACAUGGCGAACAAGGCACCCGUACCCGGCAACCCGUCCGACUUUACGCCGUUCUCGCCGACCAUGUCGGACCUGUCGGGCUCUGACCUCGUGCCGCCCGCUAUGCUGUUGCGCCUCGGCGACCACAGUGGGUCCGAGUCAAGCAGCGUCAACUCAAAACACCGCAUGGUUGCUCGUGCAAUCGCCGAGCCGCGCGGUAUCGGCAGCGAACAUGGUGAAAUCGAUGAGACCUCAUUCCGCGACAGUCGGAGCAGCCGCGCCUCGGCCGGCCUCGACGGCCAAUACGGUGCAACAAGCCGACACACGUUCGGCAGCAUGGAGCCCAAGUCGCCGUACUACUUCCCAGAGGAGGACCCGGAUGCGACGCCCGUCGCACGACACACGGAGCGCUUCGGUAGUGAGACGGGGUUGAGCGACCUCAUCCCCGAUUUCGGGAGCACGCCCUCGUCGCUGAUCCGCCUGAACGUGCCGAGCGUGCUGGAGCGCGGCGGCUCCGACUCGAGCGGGACGUACAGCGCGUCGACGUGGGGCUCUAACGUCGCCUCCAACGUCGGGUCGAGCUUCUCGGGCAAGUCGGGCGGUUCCACCGCUGGUACGUGGGCCACGGCCGCGAGCGAGGUGCGCAGCGACUCGAGCGAGGUUGGCGGUAGCGAGGUGUCCACUGCCUCGACGGUGGGUACAUGGACGACGGCGCCGCCCCAGGCUCCCCCGGAGCUCGAGGAGGAACUCGCCGCUCUCCGCGAUGCAACGCCCGUUGCGACGCCGCGCCUCAGCCGCGUCGACACGAACCCCGACCUCGCGUGUGUCGCGACGCCGCGCGUGGUCUCAAGCGCGACCAUCGUCGCCCCCAUGGGGCUCGGGAUGCGCAACGUCAGUCUUGGCGACUCGCCCAGUGCAGCAGGCAGCAGCAGCCUGCAGCGCUCCAGCAGCGGGUCGUCAACCAUGGCGGUGGUCGGGUCCCAGCCCUCCGCUCGUGAGCGCGCCCUCAACCGCUCUCUCGAGGGUAUCGACCCCCCGCAGGGUCUGGGCGAGUUCAAGUCGCCUCCGCCCUCGCUUGCCCCUUCUCUCCCUCCAAGUCCGAGGGAGAUGCAGCCCUGGCCCGAGACCGAGUUCGCGCCAACGUGCCGCCCCUCUCCCAGCGCGAGCAUCUUCACCGUGCCCACGUUGGCUGAUGCGCCAGAUCCCUUCCAAGACCCGCCCUCUCGGCGGGGCAGCGCCGGCAGCGGCGUUGGCGGCACACCUGGCGUGGGCCCCACCUCUGCGGGGACAGCUAUAGGCGCCGCGGUUCCUGUCGCCGUUACUGCCGGCGGCAUGGCCAGCGUGCCUCUGGGGGGCACAGAGGGGGUGGAGAGCGACGUGAGCGAUGCGGUGGAGAAUCUGGCCUCGCCCGUGCUCUCACCGGCGCCGAGUCCGAAACCCCAGCGCACACUCGCGGGCAUGGCGGGGCUCGGCGGCGGCCUGAUUGCCGGACGCGGCAUGGGCCGGCUCCGCCCCGUCCGCGAGGCGAUUGACAGUAUCAACCGGCGCGGCGCGGGGUUGCCGUCCCGCUUUGCGUCGGGCGGGUCGCGCGAUUUCACGCCGACGCCGCCGAAGAAUAAGGACAAGGACAAGGCGGGCUCGGGCUCACCCGCUGCGGCGGUCGUAGCGUCCCCCGCGAAGCCCGAGAAGGCCGAGCCCAAGCCCGAGCCCAAGGACGAGCCCAAGGACGAGAGCAAGGGGACGGACAGGACAGCCUCGCCCCUACUUAAGAAGCAGGGACAGAGCGAAUUCCACCUCCGCCCGACGCAUCGGUACGCGUCCCCCGCCAGCUUUAGGACGGCGACCGAGUCGACGUCGCACCAUUCCCACUCACACUCGAACUCUAGUUCGGACGACUGA